CGGCGCGCUCGCCGCUCAGCGCUCCAGCGACCCGACGCGCCCCAGACGACCCCGCCGAGGCGGCCAGAUCACCGGCGGGCCCCCGCGGCGGCGGCGGCGGAAAGAGCGGCCCCUGAUCCUGCGCCUUGGACCCCUCCGCACGGACGGGGCGGGCGGCGCCGAUAGGAUCCUGGAGGCCAUGGGGACCUGGGCCGGGCCAGCGGUCGCGGACUAGCGGGAGUCCCGGGUCUGAGGAGCGGGCGGCGGAGGCGGCGGGGCCAUGACCUCGGUGUGGAAGCGCUUGCAGCGCGUGGGCAAGCGGGCCGCCAAAUUCCAGUUUGUGGCCUGUUACCACGAGCUGGUAGUGGAGUGCACCAAGAAAUGGCAACCGGAUAAGCUGGUGGUAGUGUGGACCCGGCGAAACCGACGCAUCUGCUCCAAGGCCCACAGCUGGCAGCCAGGCAUCCAGAACCCAUACCGGGGCACCGUGGUGUGGAUGGUACCUGAGAAUGUGGACAUCUCUGUGACCCUGUACCGGGACCCCCAUGUGGAUCAGUAUGAGGCCAAAGAGUGGACGUUCAUCAUUGAGAAUGAGUCCAAGGGGCAGCGGAAGGUGCUGGCCACGGCCGAGGUGGACCUGGCCCGCCACGCAGGGCCUGUGCCUACCCAGGUCCCGCUGCGGCUGCGGCUGAAGCCCAAGUCGGUGAAGGUGGUACAGGCCGAGCUAAGCCUCACUCUGUCCGGGGUGCUGCUGCGGGAGGGCCGUGCCACGGAUGAUGACAUGCAGAGCCUUGCGAGCCUCAUGAGCAUGAAACCUAGUGACGUGGGCAACUUGGAUGACUUUGCCGAGAGCGACGAGGAGGAGGCCAAUGGCCCAGGAGCCCUGGAGGCACGGGCACGUGUGCCCCAGCCAGGCCGGGGCGGUGCCCUGAGGCUGGGGCAUUUCCCAGAGACCCCUCGGGAGCUGAAGACACUUUGUGAGGAGGAGGAAGAGGGCCGAUUGCAGCCCCGGCAGGCAGCUGCCAGCCCUUCUAGUGCUGAGGAUACCAGCCCAGCCCCUGUGAGUGCCCCUGCGCCCCCAGCCAGGGCCUCCCGGGGCCAGGGCUCAGAACCAGCUACUGUAGCAGGGGGCCAGGUGGGGCUCAAGGCCCCAAGGCCCCCCGGAACCCUGCCAGAGACAAGGCCCUCAAGACAGCCAGGCCAGGACGUGGCCCCCACUCCAGCCCCUCAGCUCCAGAAAGGCUCUGAUGCCCCCUGGCCCCCAGUCCACCAAGGAGAGGAUGAGGCCCCCAAAGCCUCCGGGGCUCCCCCAGCAGGAAUGGAUUCUGCUGUGGAGUCCCAGGCGCGGGCAAGCCCUCAGGAAGGGACAGAGGCCCAGGGAGCUGGGCUGGGCCCAGGCAUUGAGAACAGAGACUCCAGCAACUCUUUGGAAGGGCAGAAACCCAAGGUUGAGGAGGGGGGCGCUGGAGACAGGGCAGAGGCUAGUGGGGUGGACACUGAGCAUAGGCCAGGAGUCAGAGAGGUGAACAGUCAGAGGUCAGUGGUCAGAGCUGGGGAGGCUGAAGAGAGUUUAGAGAUCGGUCACGUGGAUGCGGAGCAGAGAUCAAAGGUGAAACCUGUGGACACUAAGGGACCAGAGGCCACAGAGGUGACAUCUGAGGCAAGAUUCAAGGGGACUCCCGAGGCUCCUCCAAGGGGCUCUCAGGGGAGGACAGGGGUCAAGACCAGGGAUGAAGCUCCCAGAGUCCUGAGCCCAACACCAGCAGAGCCUGUGGGGCAUUCCGGGCAUCUUGGUGACCUCAAGGUGGCCAGGGCUUCUGCAGGCCAGGAGAGAGAGUGUGCAGAGGUGAGGGGCGGAACCUCUGGUGUUGGGGGGACAGGCCUGGAGCAGGGGCCCUCUGCUGGAGCACCAAGCGCUGGGCCCCAGGUGAGCUGGUACCAGGGGGCCCCACCAGCAGCUGAACAAGGGGUGAUGUCCAGGGAUCUGAGGGUCUGGGAGGUAGAAACUGGGGAUUUGAGGGUCUUGGGAACAGAGCCUGGGGUGGCAGAGUUAGAGUUAUUGGGGACCCAGGAGAUCUCAGGGUCCCCAGAGAUAGUGUCUGAGGCAGCAGAAGCAAAGACCUUGGGGACCCAGGAGACAGAGGCAGUGAGAUCGGGGGUCCUAGAGUCAGAGGCUGCUGAGAUGGCAGAGUCUGAGGAUCUAGGGACCCAGAAAACAGUGGUAAGCAUUUCAGGGGCCUCAGGGACAGAGGGUGGGAUGGCAGAGUGUAAGGCACUGGGGACCCAGGAAACAGAGGCUGGGGGUUCAGGAGUUCUGGGGACAAAGACUGGGAUGUUGGAAACUAAGAUGUUAGGGACCCAGGAGAUAUCUGGGUGCUCAGGGAUACUGAGAAGGGAAACUGAGACAGCAGAGUCUGAAAUACUUGGGGCCCAGGACACAGAAUUGGGGUGUUCAGGGGUCUCAGAGAUAAAAUCCAAGAUAACAGGGAGCCAGGAGACAGAGGUAGGGAGUUCAGGGGUCCCAGGGACAGAGACUGAGGUAGCAAAAGCUGAGAUACUGGAGAUCCAGGAGAUCGAAGCUGGGGGUUCAGGGGCCCCAGAGAUGGAGACUGAGACCCUGAGGACCCAGGAGACAGAGGUAAGGGGCUCAGGGGCCCCAGAGAUGGAGACUGAGACCCUGAGGAUCCAGGAGACAGAGGUAGGGGGCUCAGGGGCCCCAGAGAUGGAGACUGAGACAUUGAAGACCCAGGAGACAGAGGUAGGGGGCUCAGGGGCCCCAGAGAUGGAGACUGAGACCCUGAGGAUCCAGGAGACAGAGGUACGGGGCUCAGGGGCCCCAGAGAUGGAGACUGAGACCCUGAGGAUCCAGGAGACAGAGGUAGGGUGCUCAGGGGCCCCAGAGAUGGAGACUGAGACCCUGAGGAUCCAGGAGACAGAGGUAGGGUGCUCAGGGGCCCCAGAGUUGGAGACUGAGACCCUGAGGAUCCAGGAGACAGAGGUAGGGGGCUCAGGGGCCCCAGAGAUGGAGACUGAGACAUUGAGGACCCAGGAGACAGAGGUGGGAGAUUCAGGGUUCUCAGGGUCAGAGGCUGGAAUGGCAGAGGCUGAGGGACUAGGGAGUCAACAGAGAGAAACUACAGUUUUAGAGGCUGAGAAGGGAAAGGCUCGGACUUCCGGGGUCCAGGAGGCAGAGACUGGACUUGGGGAGACCCUCAAAUAUGAGGCUUUAGGGGUCCCAGUUGUAAAGCAUGAAGUUUUAGAAUCCCAGGGAACAGAGGCAGAAACUACAGUUUCAAGGGGCCAGGAGGCGGAGACUGGGAUUUGGGGGGUUUCAGAGGCCAAGUCUGGGGUUUGGGGGGCCAGGGAAGCAGAGAUGGAAGUUUCAGGGGCUUCAGAGAACCCAUCUGGUAUUUUUGAGGGCCAGGAAGCAGAGGCUGGGGUCUCAGGAGCCGAGAAGGGAAAAGAAGCUGAGGGAAACCUCCCAGAGGCCAGCCUGAUGGAGGUGCAGGUGGCCAGUGGGGCAGGGGCUGGGGUGUCCAGGCCCUCCGGGGCCUCUUCCCCAGAGGAGCCUGAAGAGGACAGGAGGCUGCCGGGCAGCCAGGCACCACCUGCCCAGGUCAGCUUCAGCCAGUCCCUGCUGGAGUGGUGCCAGGAAGUCACUGCCGGCUACCGCGGCGUGCGCGUCACCAACUUCACCACGUCCUGGCGCAACGGUUUGGCCUUCUGUGCCAUCCUGCACCGAUUCUACCCAGACAAGAUAGACUUUGCCUCCCUUGACCCCCUGAACAUCAAACAGAACAACAAGCAGGCCUUCGAUGGCUUCGCGGCCCUGGGCGUGUCGCGGCUGCUGGAGCCGGCGGACAUGGUGCUGCUGUCGGUGCCCGACAAGCUGAUCGUCAUGACCUACCUGUGCCAGAUCCGUGCCUUCUGCACGGGGCAGGAGCUGCAGCUGGUGCAGCUGGAGGGCGGCGGCGGCGCAGGCACGUACCGCGUGGCCAGCGCCCAGCCGAGCCCGCCCGACGACCUGGACACCGGGGGCCUGGCGCAGCGGCUGCGCGAGCACCGGGCCGAGGCGCCCCAGCAGCCCCAGGAGGCCGCGACCCGCGUGGACGGGGCGGCCCCCGAGGCGGCCUCCAAGGACCGCGGGGCCGUAGCCGCCCAGGAGGCGCGCUCCGCCGAGGCCCCGGCCGACGGCCCUGGAGCCCGGGCGUCCGUGCCCCCGGCAGAGGGGCUGGUGAACGGGGUAGGGGCCCCGGGCGCCGCGGGCGGCGUGAGGCUGCGGCGGCCGUCGGUCAACGCGGAGGCCGGGCCGGUGCCCCCGCCCCGCGCGCACGGCUCCUUCUCGCAUGUGCGCGACGCGGACCUGCUGAAGAAGAGGCGUUCGCGGCUCCGGAACAGCAGCUCCUUCUCCGGGGACGAGCCCGACUCGGGAGCGGCUGGAGCGGCGGCGGAAGGCACAAGUCCUGACCCCAGCCCUGCCCCUGGCCUUCCUGCAGCCUCAGCCCCACAGCAGCCCUCUGGUGGGACUCCUCCGGCGGAAGAACCGCCCCCAAGCCCAGGGGAGGAUGCUGGGCUGCAACGGUUCCAGGACACAAGUCAGUACGUGUGCGCGGAGCUUCAAGCCUUGGAACAGGAACAGAGGCAGAUAGAUGGGCGGGCAGCCGAGGUGGAGAAGCAGCUAAGGAGCCUCAUGGAGUCAGGUACCAACAGGCUGCAGGAGGAGGUACUGAUCCAAGAGUGGUUCACUCUGGUCAACAAGAAGAACGCUCUCAUCCGGAGGCAGGACCAGCUGCAGCUGCUCAUCGAAGAGCAGGACUUGGAGCGGAGAUUUGAGCUGCUGAGCCGGGAGCUACGGGCGAUGCUGGCCAUUGAAGACUGGCUGAAAACGGCUGCGCAGCAGCGCCGAGAGCAACUCUUGCUGGAGGAGCUGGUGUCGCUGGUGAACCAGAGAGACGAGCUGGUCCGGAACCUGGACCAGAAGGAGCGGACCGCCCUGGAGGAGGAUGAGCGCCUGGAGCGCGGCCUGGAGCAGCGGCGCCGCAAGCUGAGCCGGCAGCUGAGCCGGCGUGAACGCUGCGUGCUGAGCUGAGGCCACGCGGGCCCAGACGCCUUCGUCCCUCCCGGUCCGCCCAGACCGCAGCCUUUCUCGCCGCCGCGCCGGAUCGCCGCUUUGGGCCUGCGCUCGGGAGGACCGGACCCGACGCGACCAGUAGGGGCCGCCGUGACCCUUUACCGGGAAAGGAAGCGCAGCCUUUCGGGCCCCGACGGACAAGGGCGGCUGGCUGGGCGGCCGCGCCGUCCGGGCCGUAUUUAUUAGUCCGUGUGAGUGAGUGUGCGUGUGUGCUCGUGGUGGACUGAGGGUCCCAGGCGUGCCCACCCGGAGCCCGUACCCGAUGGCCGGAUCCGGCCGGCGAGCUCCAGGGGGUGGGAGGGACGGCUGGUGAUCUGCCGCGCUCAACACCCCGCCCCCCUUCCUGUUCCUCGCGAGCAAUAAAGUUGGAAAAGGCCACGCCA